GCACCGUUAUUGGGGCAUCUGCUAUAGUACUAGACACCUUCUCCCCCCGAAAUGAAACGCGGCCAUCCCCGUAGUAUGCGUAUGUGAACGCAAACCCAAGAGUGUAUAUCACAGUUCCAUCCCCUUGAUCGCCACUUUCCACACGGUCCAUCUCGCAACGCAGUGCCAAAGAAUUUCCCCAGUAUUCAAUGACUGCCAGCAGGUCUCGCAGCUAUGGAGCACAUUCCAUACGAUUGGAGGCAGCGUUUCUCCUAUGAGGGCCUCCCGAUCGAAAGCGAUCAUGUUCGCCUACUCACUUUGGCGCCUGGUAGGGCAGACGAGCCAAUCUCAUGCCAGCUUGAUGUGGUUUCGCUAAAGUCUACGCCCCGUUAUGAGACUCUAUCCUACGCAUGGGGGUCGCAGGAACGUGCAGAGUCGAUACUGCUAAACAAACAAGAGUUUCCUGUUACGGCCAACCUGUUCGCAGCUCUGCUCCACCUUCGCCUACUCGAUACGCCGUUGCGCCUAUGGAUAGACGCCAUAUGUAUUGAUCAGAGCAAUCUGCAGGAGCGCUCCUCGCAGGUUGCCCGAAUGAGAGAGAUCUACAAAUCGUCAUCUCGCGUAUAUGUCUGGUUGGGGGAAUGCCACAGGGCAUAUCCUACUGAUGGUGGGGACAGUUGCACCACGUCUGGACUAUCAAGGGUUGACUCUGGGUUGGGUGAUGAUAUCCUAGAACAAGGAACAUGGGCCUCAUUAGACGGGUCGUAUGCGCAGUACAGGCCCGAUAUGCAGAAGUUGACACCAAAUCCGUUCGGCCUAAUCGAGCAUUUCUCCCGCGAUAGGCAUAUGUAUGACCUUCCCGGAUUUCAGCGGCCUACCGAAGGUGGAAGUUCCGUGUUUGAUGAAACACCCUUUUUGGUUAUGCACGGUUUCCUUUCCGAGUCGUGGUGGACCCGCGUCUGGUGCGUACAAGAGAUAUUGCUUGCUCCUGAAGCAUCUCUCAUGUACGGCUCAUGGCGAAUCGACUUCGAUUUAGUCAAAGACGCCUCUAUCCAGAGCAGACGCCAUGUAAUGUCGUGCUGCUCGGAGACCCAGAUGCGCAUACCCGCCCACUUCUGGAAGUUCAGAGACGAUGACAUCGCAGAACGAACCAAGACGACCAUAAAUGCGGAGCGUUACCAAGACCUCGACGCGUUGCUUCGCCUAUAUGCGCACAGGAAAUGUCAGGAUCCGAGGGACAGGAUAUACGGGCUCCUCGGCCUUCCUGACAUGAAGAGAUACCCCGGGCUCGUCCCGGAUUACGAGAAAAGCACAGCGUCUGUCUACUACGACGCCACCGUGGCUAUUAUGCAAGACAACCCCUCGAGCCUACGGUUUCUUACUGGUACACGAGGGACCAGGUCUCACGAUACGCCUUUGCCAUCGUGGGUGCGCGAUUACUCUCACACGCAAGAGAUCGCGACUACUUGGGCCGAACGCCAUCGCCUGGAGCGAUACACCUUGUAUAAGGCAGCCGACGGCCGCCCUGCUAAUGUAAUGAUAAUCGAACGAAGUGUACUUCGCCUCCGCGGCGUCCGAGUAGCAACCAUACAACAUGUCGGUAUCGUCCGCACCACCGUCAACCUUAGCGAUUCCAUGCCGGCCAUAAAAUCAUGGCUACAACUAGCCAACCUGCCCCUCCCGAUCGAAGUCUCUGAGAUUCGAAAGCCCCGCCAACGCCAGUUCUGGCGCACGCUCGUCGCGGAUGCCGCCCUCGAGCUCGACGCCAACCUGGAUUACAUUUGGUCCAGGACCGACGAAGCCUUGAUGGAGACCUAUCUCGAAAACAUCGCCAACUUCCUCAACCCCAAUUCCGACAACUAUACUGCGUGUAGCGAGUUUAGGCCCAGUCUCACCAAGAUCAUCACAAUGGCGACGCUCCAGAAAGCGUUCUGUCUCACUGAUGACGGCGGCAUGGCUCUCGUCCACCCAGGCACACAACCAGGAGACGAGAUCUGGGUGCUCGAAGGAGGCAAUGUGCCUUUCGUCUUGCGAGCCGGGACUUCUGAGGAUUCUCCUACGAGCAGAUAUGAACUUGUUGGCGACUGCUACCUGGACGAGUGCAUGGACGGCCAGGCCUUGCGGCAGACGACGUGCGAGAUGACGUCGAUCGACCUGGAGUAAGACGAGUUCUCGAAGACUGCAGGACGGUCAAUGUAAGAGAACAGAAAUGUUGAUCAUGAUGUGUAUGAUAUUGCCAUUGCUUUGCUGGACAGGGUUAUGUGUUGGUUUCUCUUGUAGGAACAGUGAUCUAAUGGUCUACGUACAUUCACGCAUACCUUAACUAUUGUAAUACGAAUAAUUAUGCU